AUGGCCGCCGCCGAGCGCCUCGGCCCCCUCCGCACCCGCGCUUCCUCCUCCUUCCCCAUCCCCGCCAGCAAAGGCUCCGUAACCUACAAGAGCGCCAAGUCCAUCUCCGGCACCUUCGACGGCGGCUACAAGACCUACGGCCGCGGCGUCAAGUGCGGCGGCCAAGCCGAGGGCGGCAACGAAGACGCCGUCUUCAUCCUUGCCGACGGUGCCACCCUCAAGAACGCCAUCAUUGGCAAAGACCAGAAUGAAGGUGUUCAUUGUUUGGGCGCUUGCACUAUUGAGAAUGUGUGGUGGGAUGCUGUGUGUGAGGAUGCGUUGACCUUCAAGGGCAAUGGCAAUGGCAAGGUCAUCGGCGGUGGUGCCCGCGGUGCCGAGGACAAGGUUAUCCAGCACAAUGGUGUUGGCUCCAUCACCAUUGACGGCUUCACCGUCCAGGACUUUGGAAAACUUUACCGCAGCUGUGGCAACUGCAAGCAGAAUGGCGGUGCUAGAAAAGUCACGAUCAACAAUGUCAAGGCUACCAAUGGCAAGUACCUCGUCGGCAUCAACAGCAACUAUGGCGAUACCGCUACCAUCACUAAGACUUGCGCCAAGUCUGUCAAGCAUAUUUGCCAGGAGUACAAGGGUACCAACAACAACAACCAGGAGCCUUCUACUCUUAGCGAGGGUCCUUCCAAGGCUUGUAUCUACAAGACUUCUGAUGUUGGUGUCUGCUAA